AUGGGUGCUGGCUACUCCCACUGCAACCUCAUACUUGCCAUAGAAGAAGAGCCUCCAGGAAGGCAUGAGAAGGUCAAGAGGAAGGGGAAGCACCAGUGCCACUUCUGCAACUACUCCAACGAUCACGCAGCCAAUGUUGAAACUCACGAGAGAAGUCACGCUGGAAAGAAGCCCUAUGUGUGUAGUGUGUGCUGCAAGGGGUUCACAGAAAAGCGGAGCUUGGACAGACACUGCAAGGCAGUUCACGAGGACUUGAGGAAGUACACGUGUUCACUCUGCGGGAGUGCUUUUAAGCGGAGGCAACAUCUACAGUAUCACGAGAGGGUGCACCUCAAAUAG